AUGGAGCUCUGGGCCGCGAAGCUCGGCGCGACGGGCGACAAGCGCUUCACCAUCGAGAAGGACAAGUGCGUCAUGCUCGACAUGCUCAAGACGUUGCGCCUGCCGCACCCGCGCGUGCGGCGCACGUGGAAGGAGGACGAGUACGACGCCGGCGAGCUCCGGGCCUACCUCCUCGCGCAGGCCUACCCGGCCAUCCUCAAGGUCGGCCACAUCCACCAGCAGAAGUCGACGCUCUUCCUCCCGGACGCCGACUCCGUGACGGCGCGCGUCGACGAGUUCGUGUCCUGGGUGUCGGCGAAGAUGCGCGUCAAGUUCGACGACGGCUCCGCCAUGUGGGCCAAGUCGACGAACAAGCUCUACGCCGUGACGGACCCCUGCCUCAUCGUCCAGGACGUCGUCAACCCCAAGGCCUUCGUCGGCGCGCGCGCGGACGGCAACGCGCUCCGGCCCGUGGAGCUCCUCGUCGAGGUCGUCUGGGGCGUGCCCAUGCACGCCGUCGCCAUCGUCUCCAUCCGCGGCGAGAUGAUCCUCGGCAAGGCCCAGCGCAAGGCCCAGCACCAGGACACGGUCGAGUUCCUCGUCCGCCGCGACGGCUGGGCCUGCUACAAGUGGCCCAAGAUCAACGCGCCGGGCGCGUUCUUCUCCAAGUGGUACGUCAACCGCCACAGCCACGUGCGCCUCCACCGCAAGCUCCAGGAGACCUGGUUCAAGACGCGCGACCCGACCCGCGGGGACCGCGGCUGGCGCAAGACGUGCGCGGGGCUCCGCGCGUUCGAGCGCCGCGCGUGCAAAUCCGAGUACCGCGUCGCCCAGACGCUCUUCUGGGCCAAGUACGGCGCCCUCGCGUCCCACCUGCCCAAGGUCUGGGACACCUGCGGCGCCCUCGCGACGGGCGUCGGCGCCGACUACCUGCGCUGCGACGUCUUCGUCGCGCCCGACGGCGACGUGAGCCUCAACGAGAUCAGCCUGAGCUCCUACUGGGGCAACACGCUCUCCGACGCCUGGCAGACGCGCUUCCUCGACCUCUGGAUCGACGGGUACGGCGCCCCGCCGAACGACGACGACGAGCUGCUCGCGCCGAACGAGGGCGGCGCGGCCUUCGAGACGACGUUCACGGGGCCGCUGCCCUCGCCGACCUACCUCGUCCGCCAGGGCAGCACGACGCUCCUCGGCGGAAAGCUCCCCCCGAUGCGCCUGCUCGCGUUCCUCCUCGCGAGUUCGAGCGCCUUCCUCCGCCCCGCCGCCCGCCGCGCGUCGACCGCGCGCGCCGUCGCGACCAUGCCGCUGACGGAUCCGAAGACGCGCGUGGGCGACUACGACGGGCGCCUCGCCCAGUACCUCGUGGACCUCCACGACAACAAGGCGACCUUCGACUUCUGCGGAGGCAUGCUGUUUCAGCUCGUGCUCUCCGACGCGCUCCGGUCGCGGCUCCUCGAGGCCGCCGAGCAGCCCGAGGCCGAGCAGCCCGAGGUGUACGACGCGGCGACGAACCGCAUGGCCAAGAUGCCCGGCUACGCGAAAAACGCCGACGCCGACAACGUGCGCCUCUUCCACGGCCGCGAGGUCCGCAACGUGCCGACGGCCGCGGGAGGCAUGAACUUCGUCCUCCACCUGAGCCUCGCGAACGGCGAGGACGCCGAGGGCUGGUCCAAGGAGGAGAUCGCCGGCUACGACGGCUGGGGCCACGACGGGGGACGCGUCUGGCGCCAGGGCCCGACCCUCGAGGCCGAGGGCUUCGACGGCUUCCGCGCCAAGUUCGGCCCGAAGGCCUUCACGCUCCACCACCGCUUCUACUGGCACCUCGACCGCACGAACCAGCUCUGGCUGUCGGCCGAGGACGGCUGCGAGGGCCGCCUGUUCGGGCCGACGGCGAAGCCGACGUCGUCGCCGACGUUCACGCCCUGCGACGUCGAGGGCGAGUACCGCUACUACCUCGCGCUCUACGACUACGGCGGCGACGGCUGGGAGGGCGCGACGUACACGCUCUACAAGUACGUCGGCGUGCGCCAGGGCGAGCAGAUCCUCACGGGCACCGUCGAGACGGGCUCCGAGGAGGUCAUCAACUUCUGCCUCCCGAACGGCCUCUACGCCGUCGACUUCGGCGGCGGCUCCGACGACGGCGAGAUCGGCAUCCAGUUCCUGCCCGACGACCUCCAGAUGAUCACGACGUGCACGGGCCCCUGCGUCGAGCGCUUCCUCGCCGUCGACGGCAUCGUCAUGCCGCCGACGGAGCCGCCGACGGCGUCGAACUUCGGCCAGCCGACGGCGUUCGACGCGUCGCAGACCGCGUGGAUGUACCUGUCCUUCCUCGUCGACGGCCUCAACGGCGAGGCCCUCAUCUCCGAGGCGGGCUUCUCGGCCUUCGCCUACGCGAUCAACGACGUCAUCCCCUUCCUCACCGGGCCCGAGGCCGUCGCCGACCUCACGGCGACGUUCGGGGAGGCGCGCCGCCGCCAGCUCCUCCAGGCCGCGGGCGACGACACCGCGUCCAUCGAGGCCGUCAUCCUCAUGGACACGUGCGCGAUGGCGGGCCACAACUCGAACGACGACUGCCUCGACGCCAUGGUCGAGGACGUCGCCAUCGCCAUCGCCGACGGCGUCAUGCUCGAGCGCAUCCUCUACUGGGCGGACUACUUCGGUCUCGACCUCGGCGACGACUUCACGGUGGUCUCCAUCGUCUCGGACCCGGAGCCGUACUGGGUCUACGCGCCGACGGCCGCGCCGUCGGCCAAGCCGACGGCCGCGCCGACGACGACGACGACGACGGCCGCGCCCACGCCCGUCACGACGACCGCCGCGCCGCCCGUCACGGAUGACUCCGUCGACUCGGGCUCGUCGUCCAAGAAGAAGUCGUCGGACGACGGCCUCGACUCCGGCGCCAUGGCCGGCAUCAUCGUCGCCGUCGUCGUCGUGCUCCUCAUCAUCGCCGCCCUCGUCUACUUCAAGAGCCGCGAGAGUGAGGCCACGGCGCGCAAGGAUUCCUGGGACAUGUCCCAGGAUUUCACCGACGAGCAGAACCUGCCCGCCUCCGACCAGAUUUCCGAGCAGCCGGCCGGCGACCAGCCGCAGGCGCUCCAGAAGAUCACGCAGGCCGCCGAACUGUGAUCGGUCGCGUCUACUUCCUCUCAUCCUGUCCACGCCCUUCCACAAGCAACCUCAUCCUCAUCCGCUCCAUCCUCCCUGAACCGCCGCCACCCGCCGACGCCACGCGAACGCGCGCCGAGCCACCGCGACGCGCGCGCCCGCGGAGCUAAAGCAACUCCCAUCCC